UUUUUAUUGGUGGGCGAAACCGGAUGUCUCCCACUACGGCUACUACACAUAGUGUAAAGAGUGUGAAGACAAUCUAAAGAACAUCUGUUCAUGUCAACAGUUGUUGACAAUUGUAUUUUCUUUCAUAUUGUUAAUUAGUACACACGACAGCAUACAAAAAUGCCUGGAUGCAGCGCUGGUUACUGCACGAAUUCGUCAGCAAAAGGAUAUAAAAUGUUCAAAUUUCCUCAGGAUCCAAAAAAGAGACAAAAGUGGAUUGAAAAUAUGCUUCAUACAGAUCAGACGCCAGGAAAAUAUUUUGCAUACUGCGAAGUUCAUUUUGUAAAAGAAAUGUUUACGAUUACUGCAUCUGGUCAACUUCGAUUGAAGCCAAAUGCUGUCCCGACAAUAUUCGGACCCUCAUCGCAACUGCCAAUGCAAAAUACUGAUACACUAGCUUUUUUGUUUUUUGUAUUUUGUACUGUAGAAAAGUUAACAGAUCCGAAGGAGCCAAUGAUGGAAACUGACUCAUUAAUUGAAAACGAAGAAAAUUGUAGCGCAACUGUUAUACAAGAUGAUUUGGCAAGCAGCAAAUCCGAUGAUUCAGAUACAUUCGAAAAGCCACUUAUAUUGUUGCAAAACAAAAAUGGUUUUGUACAAGUCAGUCAAGAUUGGAUCAAUAAAAUGGAAACAAUAUUUAUUCGCAACGAAAAACUGAAACGAAAGUUAAAGUACAAAUUAGAUGUUGCGCAACGUAAAAUCAAAAGACUCCAGAAGCAAAUGCAGUUAUCAUCUUAGCCGUGUAGCAGUACAAUACACAAUUGAAAAAAUCUAGAUAGAAAUAAAAAAAUCAAUCACAUAAAA